CGCCCAAAAAUCGUUCAUACUCGACUAAAAUACUAAAGUAGUCCGAACUAGGCGUAUCAUAGACUUAGAACAGUUAGACUUAGUUAUAUAUCUAUGAGGCGUAUAGCCAGUUAAACAGUGACGUUCAAGUCAAGAUGUGUCAAUGUCACUUGUCAGUUGCAGACUGCGUCAAAUUUGAAAUUUCUUUGUUUGUACUCUAUGGCGGCGAGAAAUACAUUUCUUUGUUUACGUACAAAUUCAUAAUAAAAAAUUGUAUGAGUCAUUAAGUUUGUUACUGUUUAAUACGAGUAAAAUAGUUAUGAUCUGCUUAUGGUUCUAAUUUGAAUUGCUAGUUUAAUAGAAAGUGCAUUUAUUAAUCAUUACUCUAACGCGUUGUUAUGUUUUGAGCCUGAACCAUGGCUCAGCCUGUAGAAGAAAGUACUAUGUUAAAUGAUGAUAUAGAAAAUGAUGUCACGAGCAGUCACAGAAACCUCGUUGUUAACGAGAGAGUUGAAGAAACAACAGGAUGGAUCAAAUGUCGAACAGUACUGGGUAUUAUGGGCUUCCUGGGCUUUGCCAAUGUAUAUGCAAUGAGGGUCAAUCUGUCUGUGGCCAUUGUAGCCAUGAUAAACUCUACAGUACCACUACCUUCAAAUGAUUCCACAUUAGAUGUAUGCCCAACCAGUGGACCUACUAAUACUUCUAUACCUACAAAACAAGGAGAUUUCAACUGGACUGCCGAACAACAAAGUAUUAUAUUAGGUUCAUUCUUUUAUGGUUAUGUUUUGACACAGAUUCCGGGAGGGCGAAUAGCGGAAAUAUACGGCGGAAAACUUGUUUAUGGUGUCGGAGUUUUACUCACGGCUCUGUUCACUCUACUCAGCCCCGUGGCAGCGUAUAUAGACUUUAAACUGUUCAUUGCUGUCAGAGUACUAGAAGGUUUGGGCGAAGGUGUAACGUAUCCCGCAAUGCACGCCAUGCUGGCGCGAUGGAUACCGCCUUUGGAGAGAUCGAAGUUCGCGGCUUAUGUUUAUGCAGGUUCUAACAUAGGUACAGUGAUAUCACUGCCUAUAUCAGGCUGGCUCUGCACACUGGACUUUGGUGGCGGAUGGCCGCUUUGCUUCUAUUUGUUCGGCGGGCUCGGCGUGAUCUGGUUUGUCGCGUGGAUCUUCCUCAUAUACGACACGCCACAGAGACAUCCCAGGAUAUGUCCCAAGGAGAUUGAGUUCAUCACGCAAUCUAUUGGACCGCAGCAGGACGAAGAGUCUACGCCGUCGAUCCCGUGGUGCAAGUUCCUCACAUGUCUGCCGCUGUGGGCCAUCCUGAUAGCGCAGUGCGGCCAGUCGUGGCUGUUCUACACGCAGCUGACUGAGCUGCCCACUUACAUGAACAACAUACUGCACUUUGAUAUUGUUUCCAAUGCGCGGUUGUCCGCGUUGCCGUACCUCACGGCGUGGGUGGCGGGCAUCCUGAUCAGUAUAUUCGCUGACUGGCUGCUCGCUAAAGGCGUUAUAUCGCGGCUUAACAGCAUGAAGUUGUGGAAUACUGUCGCCGCAUUUAUGCCUGCCUUUGGGUUGCUAGGCAUCGCGUGGGCGGGCUGCGACCGCAUCGCUGUGAUGGUGCUGCUAUCCGUCACGUCGGCCUUCGGCGGCGCCGCCUACGCGGGUAACCAGAUGAACCACAUCGACCUGUCGCCGCAAUUCGCGGGCACCAUGUACGGCAUCACCAACGCGGCGAGCAACAUCUGCGGGUUCAUGGCGCCCUACGUCAUCGGCCUCAUCAUCAGUGACACGCAGCAAACGUUAGGCCAGUGGCGCGAAGUGUUCUACUUGGCGGCCGCUAUCGACCUGGGCGCUAAUCUCUUCUACUUAUUCUUUGCUAGCACAGAAGAACAGGAUUGGUCUCGCCCGGAAAUAGAUGACAUGACGAUCUCUGCCCCAGUGGAGAGCCUUCUAUUCCCGGAGUCCUAGGGCUCCGCCCUCCGCGGCGCCGACACCGCGCUGUAGUUUAAUUGAUGGACUGGGCACUUGUUUCGUGCUUCUUCCAUUGUGAUACGCAUUUUAUUUUUAUACUAAUAGGAUUUAUUUAAACAAUAUUAGCUAUGCAUUGAACUCGGACUAUCUCUUGGUGAUCGAAUCAGAAAUGAGGAGCAGGUGAGUUGUGUAAUUUGAUUGGAUCCAUUUGAAAGCUCCACUUAAUGUAAUACACAUCAAAUAAAUGUCAAAUCCCUAGCAAAACUGUCAGUUUGACCAUUAUAAUAACAAGCUCCCGACUGAAUUGUAUUUUUCGGCCACAGCGGCCUUUCUCAUUUUGAGAUUAAACAUGUACGCAGGAGAGAAGUGCACAAGUGUGUAUGCAAGCACAUGUGCACUCUCCCUAUUCCCUCACUCUCAUAGUCCGAUGGGACGGCAAACCGACACGACCGGUGAUCAGGCGCAGGACCGACUGCUUUACAUGCUCUGCGAGGCACGGGGAUAUACCAAUUGUAUCUCUGUACCUCGUGCCUCGAUAGAUAUUUCUUGUAAGAAAAAUCUCAAUGACGUAUUUUUUUUUGUUGGCCUGACCCGGGAUUCGAACCCUGGACCUCAUUGUCCGUAGCUGAACCAGCUAACGACGGAACAAUGAGGCAGUUCCAUUAUAAUGGAAUGAAUUUACUGUCACACGGAUCCGAUCAAGUUACGCAAUUACCCCCUGAACCAAAGUCACUGAUAUAGCUCAGCGAAUUACGAAGCUGAAGUAGUAAUGGGCGGCAUAUAGUUAGAAGAGACGAUGAAAGUUGGGGUCCCAAGGUGCUGGAAUCGUGUUGUGGCCCAGUGGUUAGCUUUCAUUAUUUAUGUUUUUGUGGAGGGGGGCUACCAGUGUUGGUAUAAAUAAAAGGGUAUUUAAUGACUUCAGCUCAGUUGUUUGUUAGGCAGCGUGGACACCGUCACGCUGCCAGUCGUGUUAGUGAUUCUGUGCAAUAAUAUUUUGUGUUGUAACUAUUGAUAAUGUUUUGUGCUGUAAUUAUUGUUCAUAAAUUGUUUAGUGUGGGCAUGGAGAACAUGUCAGGCAGGGAAGGUAAGUGUUUAUGCAUUCUAAAGAGAUCCCUUAAGCCUACUCUCAAGGACACAAGUCCUCGGACCUGCUGGAUGUGUUUCCACCACCACAAAAUAAUGGUACAAUCAUUGUAACUGUUACACGUCACGUAACAAUUGAGCGUUUAUAAUAUCUUUUUAAAUAACAGCCCGGAGACCCCUGCCUUGGAGAGACCUUAGCCAUCGUUCCCGAUCAUUUUACCGUUACCAGUGAUAGCCUGGUAGUGAUCUUUACAGAGUCAAAUAUUAUAAGCCAGCCAUCCCGUAUUGGAGUAGCGUGGUGGGAUUUAGCACCAAAUCUCGUAUAAGAAAUGGGCUGAUGGUAAUAAAAUAUGACGUCAUUCCUCACCAAUCUGUUUAGCAUCCCCGAAAAUCAGUUUUGGCUCGUAUUGUCAAAAAACAUUUUAUGAUUGAAAUUAUUAUGAUUUAAUUUUUUUUUUUUAAUCUAGUAGAACGCUGUGAACAAUUUAAGACGCUUUGAAAAAAGAGUCAAACAUUGUAUAGAACAACAGAUAAAGUUUUGAAUGAUCAAAAGUUUAUAAAUAUUUUCGAUACAUUAUCAAGUUACAUGAUAAUAUGUACUUAGUUAGCUACAUUUACAGUUUAUAUUACAGCAAAGUUAUACACAAUCAUUUCCCAAUGCUCAAAUAGAUACUUAUCAAUUUUUGUAAGUUUCAUCACUAUUAUUACAUCCAAUCUGAAGCUCUCUCUAUAUCAGUCCUCUCCAUUCCAUUGAGGUUUUAUAAUUCAAUAACCAGUUGUAGAAAACUAUAAAACCAGUUUCUUGUAUAGACUUUGAAAUUGUAAAUAGAAAAUUAUUAUGGUGCUUAUUGUCAUUAUAGCUUUUUAGUUAAUCGUGGGUGCUGUGUCAAAAACAUUUAAGUGAUUUGCUAUGAUGCAAAGUUAUUGUUUUAGUCGAAAUGCAAAGAAUUCUAAAAUUCCAAAAUUCGGAUUUUGAGCUUAGCAUAGAUAGUCCAUACAAGCCGAUUCCCGCCGUGUUACCUUCUAAAAAUCCAUACAUACAUAUUCAUUAUUGUAAUGUAUAUAUGAAAAAAUUCUUUGGGACGCCUUACCUUGUAAAAACUCCAUCCUUCGCCACUGGUAGAUAGUAAUAUUAAUAAGAAGAUAAUAUUAUUAGUAGAUUUAUACUAACAUUAUAAAGAGGUUAAGUUUUUGGAUAUGUAGGGGGUUAACUCUGGAUCUAUUGAACCGAUUUUUAAAAUUCCAUUACCACUAGAAAGUCACGUUAUUUUUGUCAUACGUACGUACGUCAGCUAGUAUAAUAUCAUUAUUCAGACGUGCAGAAUACACAAAUUUUCAUCCAAUCCAAUUUGUCACAAAAAAAAUGUAUGUUAUUUGAGGCCUCUGGUGCGUCAUAAGGCUCUAGAAUAAAGGUCCCGCGAUUUUAAAUAAACCCGCGAUUGCCGGUCCUGUCACCCUAUAGAUAAGCCUGAUACAGGUCUUGUACUAAAUAGAAGGUCCCAGCCCAAUCAGUUAUUUAAACUUGGUAAAACAAUAAAUUUACAAUUCAAGCCUCUGUUUUUAUCUCAUUACAUUCGUUCCUGGCAUAUAAUUUUUUUUCUGGAGAAAAUACAAUGCAAAAUAUUCGCCACUCAUGUUCAAAGUUCUAAUUAUGCUAAAAGGCGAAUGUCCACCGGCCCAUACAACGCCGGCCCAGGGAACCCAGGUAUACCCCCGUAUAAAAGUAUAUGGACAUGAUAAUAUUAUGAUGUGUAAAUAAGGUUCUUGUUAAAUAAUUGGCUUAAUAAAUGUAUAUUUUUUUACCACUAUAACGUGAGACGAAUAUCUUAGCAUUCCAUGGAUACACCGUGCGGGUGCCGGGUCCAUCGCGUGGUAGAGAGAAGAACUCCGAGCAGAGUCCUGAACUUGUGACUACAGGAUGUAGGGUUAAGGAAUUCCUUGACGAUCGAUCAACACUCCCCGUUCUCUGCUCGUGUUCUCCCUGCCUAGCCAAAUUUGGUAGGAUCCUAUUAGAGCAGCUUUGGAUACUCGUUCUAAUAAAAUAAAAUAAGCCUUCAAAAAUAUCGCAAAACUCAAGCUGUAUGUGGCAAUGAUCUUAUCUUGUCUGUUGAGACGAAUAAAACAGGAAUUACGUUAAAGUAGGAUUAUCAAGAUUUUUUUAUAGAUAAUAAAUUGCCAGGUGGUUAGGUUAGGCCAGGGCCGAAGAUGGGCAUACCCUUUUGCAUGCUGAUUUCGAAUAUAUCGUGCAUUGUCAUCCAACUUUAACGUGUAUACAAAAUUUCAGCUCAAUCGGUUGAAGAUAUCUACUUCAAAAUUGAGGUCAAAGAAUCCACCGUAACAUCCUACAUACAUUGCAAGUUACAUAAAAGCUUUUAAAAAAGACAACUUUUCCAAUCUGUUGCAAUUAAGAAAGCAUUAUGAGGUUCAUGUGAUAGCAAUUAAUUUUAAAUGAAUAAUCGUGUAACAAUAAUUUUAUUACUGAAGCAAAAAAAGAAAAUGACCAAAGAGUCUUUGUAUUAUUAAUGAAAUGGUUACAGUAAGGUUUUUCUAUUAUUUGACUUGAAAAAAUUAAUGAAUUGUAUAGAGUAAUUACAUGUUUAAUAUUCUGUAUUUGGGAGUUAAAAACGUUUUCCAUAUUAGGCGCCCGGUGUGAAAGUUUCAAGCGUUACCAUAAAGCAUUACGUUUUUCUGUGUAACAUCCUUUGCGCACUUUUCACUUUGAGAUCAUUAUGACUUUUUUUGUAAAAAGGGUAACGUAUAAAAAUUAUUAACAAUGUCAUUAUUAUGUAAUACUAGUGGACGCCCGCGACUUUGUCCAUGUAAAAUAUUUUUUUCAGAAAUCCCCCGGGAACCAUAGAUUUUCCGGGAUAAGCCUAUAUGUUGCUCAAUAACCUGCUCUAUCUUCAAGUGAAAAACUCAUUAAAAUCGGUUACAGAUAUUAGCCUGGAUAAACACAGACAGACAAAAAUGUUGAAAUGUUGUUUGUCUUUUUGUAUAACUUGAUAAAACAGUUAUUUUAAAAAUCACAGACACAUACUUCAAUAUAUGUAUUGAUUAUUAUUUUAUAACGAGGGUCAAUAAACUUUCCUUCCAAAUAUUUUAAGGAAUUUUUAUAAUGCAGAUUGAGCUGCAUCGGUCCAAAGGACCUUUAGCCAUAGAUGGUUUAAUAACAAGGCAAAAGAAAUGGCGUGUACGUCCACACAUCCGCAUCGCACGUAUCGGACGCAUAGCAUCAAUCGGACCUUAGUAUUCUUUCUAUAGAAAGUCAUACAUCGUCAACUGAUCUGCAUCGUACGGAUCGCACGAAUCUACCGUAAAAUUAAAAAUCCGUAUGCGAUGCGUGCGAUAUGUAGGAUGCGGAUAUAUGGACGCCUACCAUUGAAGUGUGAAUUUGUCGUCGUACUGUGGCGCUCAUAAGGUAUCUAACUAGGGUAGGUACUAAGCCUAAAAUACCCACUACCUUUGUAGUAAAACACGCUAUUUUUGUUGCGUUGUUAUUAAGAUUUGUAUUACCUUAGCAAAUAUGAUGUAAUCAUUCCGUUAAUUAAAUUAUUGUUUUUAUAAAUUAAUAGAGAAUUUAUUUGUGACAGUAUUCUUUAAUCUUUAGUUUAUUGUACAAUGCUUGUAAUGAUUUAUGUUGGACACGCAACCAAAUAUAAAAUGCACCUAUGUUUGCGACGCGCUAUGACGACCGUUAUGAUAGUGAUAUAUUUCAAAAUAUUAUUUACAUAUAAUUUUUGUAGCCUUUAAAUAAUCAAUGUUAUUUAUAUAUUAUGUAUAGAACAAUUAUGACAACAAACCGUAGCAGCAUAAGUCUCCACUCCCAGAAUGUUCCAUACUAUGCUACCGUGAACUAACUCUUCUAAUUCUUUCUGCUAUUAUUAUGUUUUACUAUCUUGUCUUUUUACUGUCUUGGGUACCAGAUAAUUACUUUUAGACCAAUUUUCUUCUUUAUUCCGCAGUAAAUGAUUAUGUCCACUUUCAUUUCUGAUUGUAUAAGUUAUAUCAAUAAUGUUAAUUACUUGUACUACUAUCAGGCAAAUGCUUAAAACUUUUUAUGCGAUAUAGGUUUGCGUUUGACUACAAUUGAUUGUAAGCAUUAAUGUGGUCUAAGUUGGAGCGCGUUUACCUAGAAGAUGCUCAAUCACUCUUGUUUUGAAGGUGUUUAAAUUAUAAGUGGCAGGAAACACAAACAUCGGAAGGGCAUUCCAAAUUUUUGCUGUGCGAAUUAGAAAUGUGGAUGCAAAUCGUGUCAUACUAGUUGCCUAGACAUCCACAACGUAAGGAUUCUACCGUUCGCGGCGUCUUACUUUAUACUCGUAAGCUUAUAAGUAGUAUUAAGUAAUUCACAUUUUCCAGUGUUAAAAAUAACGAAACCAGUGCAGUAGCGCUAUUCUGUAAAGAUGUUUUUUAUAACACGACAUUGUGAGGGUCGAAUUCGUCUCUGUCUUUCAUAUCCGUAAUGAUAAAAGGACGUACCUAACUAUUCGUAGGCACGAGAACGAAAAUAGUCCAGUCCGGUUGCUUUACCUAUUGGUUGACCUAUUGGGGCUUAUUUACUUAUUUAUUACUAUUAAAAAUGAGAUUCGGUAUUCGUCCCAUAUGUUGUAAGUAUGUUUCUCAAAAACUACUGAUCCAAUUUAGGUGGGGUUUUCGUUACACAAAUGUAUACAAUAAUGUUAAAUACUGUAGAUGUGAGAUGUGUUACUAGGUCAUGAAAAAUGAGGCGCUCAAAAGAGGAAAUUUCCACAUCUCAAUGUUAGUUGUGGUCAACAACGAACGUUAUUUAAACAAAUAAUACCUAAAUAUCGUCUACAAUGUCGAGUAGUGUGUUCAGGAAUUAAAGACAAAAUUGUUCAUGUGUGUGCUCGGUGUUGUAGCCUAUUAUUCGGAUCACUUUUUGCGGUGACUUUGUAAGGCCGUAACCGAUCUAUAGUAUAAAAUUAUCAUUGAAUGUAUAUAUUAAAAUGGUUUGUUUUUAAACUUCUUUACAUUGACUAUGUUGAUACCUAAAUAAUAGUUUAUUAUUAUGUAAUUUUGUGUUUAAAUACGACAGAAUAUUAUGUUAUUAUCAUUUUCACUAUCCACGUCUUUGAUAUCUUUGGAAUCUCUUAAUUUUAUGCUUUAUGUAACUUUAUUUUAUUUUUAAUAUUAACAAUGUUUUCGACGUAUACAAAAUCGAACAUGCUGCACUGUCUGUGUCGCUCUUGUUAAAUAUAAAUUAUUCUGAUCUAUACUUGUCUAAUGUUUUCGUUUCAUUUACGAAUGGCAUAUUUUAUAUAGAUUCUAUUAUAAUUAUUUAUUGUAAUCAAAUUAUUUACAAAAAAUUAAGAACUUACAAACGGAGCAUGUCCAAAAAAAAUAUUAUCUAUGAAUCAAAUAUCAUACUAUAUUUUAAACGCACCAAACUUCUAGUCCGCUCUGAAGUUGCAACAUGCUGAACUAUUUACUCUGUUGGAACAUGUUGAAGCAGCUACACUCCACGUGUUCAGAGCGGACUCGAUAUUUGGCGCACACUGUACACUAGAUAAUAUGUAUGACCCAAAAAGUAUAUAGGCACUAAUAUUUUAGUUUCCUGAAAUGUAAAUAAAGUUCUCCGUAAUGCAGUGACAACGUCCCAUGAUACAUUUCGUUCUAGAAACUUAAAUGUGAUAUGAAAUCAUGAAACGUGUGUAUACUUACUUGAAAAUAAGGCUACUGUUAAUAUGUUAAGGAUAGUUUUAAGAUUUUAAAAAUAAAUGAACACAAAGAAUAUAACUAUAUGUAUUUUUGUAGGAGGCAUACGAAAAUAAAUUUUCAACAAAA